AAAGAAAAAAAAAACAAAACAAAAAAAACAAAAACAAAAACAAAAACAAAAACAAAAACAAUGAAUUCAUCCCAAGAUUAAAAUUCUGAAUAUGAUCAUCUCUUUAAAUUAGUUUUAAUAGGAAAUUCUGGUGUAGGAAAGUCUUGUAUGUUAAUGCGUUAUGCAGAAAAUACAUUUACAAAUAAUUUUUAUAACACAAUUGGAGUUGAUUUUAAAAUUAAAACGAUUACAUAUCAAGGAAAGCAGAUUAAAUUAUAAAUAUGGGAUACUGCAGGAUAAGAUAGAUUUAAAACAAUUACAUGCAAUUAUUAUAGGUAAAAAUUUAUAAUUUUUUAAUAAAAAGUUAAAUAAAAGAGGUGCACAUGGUAUUGUUGUAGUAUAUGAUGUGACAGAUAAAUAAUCAUUUGAAAAUGUAAAAAGUUGGAUGUCUGAAAUAGAAAAAUAUGCAUAAGAAAAUGUUAAUAAAUUAUUAAUUGGAAAUAAGAGUGAUUUAUAAGAAAAAAGAUAAGUUUCUUUUGACGAAGGACAGUAAUUGGCUUAAAGUUUAGGUAUUAAAUUUAUUGAAACUUCCGCUAAAAAUUCAACGAAUAUUGAUAGUUGUUUUGAAAUUAUGGCAAAAGAUAUAUUGUUAAGAAUUAAUAUGAUUAAAAGUUAAUAAGAUAAUACUAAAGUUAAAAUAAAACCUGGAAAUAAUAUUAAUUAAUAAAAUAAUAAUAAUUCUGCAUGUUGCUGAAUAUUUUUUUUUAUUUUAUUUUAAUAAUUGUGAUUCUUUUUAUA